AUGAACGUUGUAGGAAAGCUCAGUUUAAUGAUACCAUGGAGUAUAUUCUUGCUUCAUUCACUGCUAUCGACUUUGCAAGGAUCUUAUUGCAAGCCUCCUCUUUUGAGAAGAACUUUGAGAACUGAGUCUAAUGCAACUCAACAGAAAAGAGAUCUUGUAACAGCCGAGGUUCAAUCUGCCUCUUGGUUGCACCAUCAUGGGGCCCUGAUGCGGAGUCCACCAGGAGGUUCAUGUCCUCAGGAGUGCCUUAAUGGAGCAGCCUGCACAGAGGCAGGUGACUGUGACUGUCAGUUAUUUCAGGCUCAAGGAAGCAGGUGCCAAAUUGUACCUAACACUGGUAAGGACCGAGAUGGGAUUUGCAAAUCAUGGGGACAGUAUAAUUUUGAAACAUUUGAUGGCAUCUACUACUACUUCCCAGGGAAUUGCUCCUAUAUAUUUACAAAAGACUGCAGUACUCUGGAACCUCAGUACACUGUUUGGGUUCAUAACAGUCCUUAUUGUUAUGGUUCAGUAUAUACUUGUCAUAGGUCUAUCAGCUUAUUUUUUUCAAACCAAGAAGAAAUAAUGAUUUCAGGACAUGAAGUAAGAAAAAAUGGAAUCAGGUUAAUAUUGCCUCAGACAGUUGGAAAUGCUUUCAUUGAGAGACUGGCUGACUAUAUUCUGGUGAAGACUACCUUUGGUUUUUCUCUUGCUUGGGAUGGAAACUCUGGUAUUUAUAUUAAGCUGACAGAAGAUCAUAAGGGAAAGCCUUGUGGCCUUUGUGGAAAUUUUAAUGGCAAUAAAUAUGAUGACCUGAUACUUCAAAAUAUGGGUGAAUAUACAGAAGACAUUGCUGAAUUUGCAAAUAGCUGGGCUGUGCAAGCCUCAGAUGAUAUAGUUUGUGUCCCUACUCCCUCAGAUUUUUCCAGUCCUUGCUCAGCCAAUGCAGAAUCCACUGAGGACAUAUUCUUCAAGUGCCAAAUAUUCCUACAGUUUCCUUUUCUCAGCUGUCAUGAAAGUAUAGAUCCGUAUUCUUAUAUUUCAAGCUGUAUGAAUGAUCUUUGCAGAGUGGAUGAUGAUGAAACAUACUGCAGGGCAGUGACAGAGUACGCUAGAGCAUGUUCUCACGCUGGGUCCCCGGUGCGGGACUGGAGGGAUGACUUUCCAGCCUGUACUGAGAAGUGUGAAGACACCUUUGUUCACCGUGACUGUAUCAGUUGUUGUCCACCAACUUGCACAUAUGAAAAGGAUUGUCUUGGCAGCAAUCUACACUGUUUAGAUGGCUGUUACUGUCCAGAUGGUCUCAUUAUGGAAAAUGGAACUUGUAUCUCUUUGUCGAAUUGUCCUUGUGUUUAUCAUGGAACUGCUUUCCCUGUAGGCUCAAAAAUUGAACAAGAAUGUAGCAACUGUAUUUGUGUUGGUGGCAUUUGGAACUGCACUGAUCAUGAUUGUCCAGCUGAGUGCUCCAUCACAAGCAGCUCUCAUUUCACAACAUUUGAUGGACGUCAUUUUACCUUUCUUGGGAUUUGCCAGUACAUUUUGGUAAAAGGCACUGGAAAAAACAAAUUCACAAUCACUUUACAAAAAGCACCUUGUGGACAGAGCUUUGACCACGCCUGCAUUGAGUCUAUAACACUGGUUCUUGAAGAUGAUGUGAGGAAACAAGUAACUCUCACAAGAUAUGGUCAAAUCCAAACUGUCCCUAACCAAGUUUUUAACCUCAAUGGGGCUAUUGAAAUUCAGAAUAUAUCUUCUUUCUUUGUUCAACUGAAAACUAGUUUUGGUUUGAAGAUACUGUUUGCUAAAGAUGGAGAGAGGAUCUAUGUUCAAGUUGAUGUCAGGUGGAAGAGAAGAACAUUAGGACUGUGUGGAACUUACAAUGGAAAUUUAAGAGAUGAUUUUCUAUCUCCAGCAGGGAUGAUAGAAGGGACCCCACAACUUCAUGCCAAUGCAUGGAAGGUUUCCUCAGCUUGCUCCAUGCCUAUCAAUAUCCCUGUGGUUGAUCCCUGCAAUGUGAAUCAGCAAAAUGCUGGGUAUGCAUCUCACUGUGAUAUCAUCAACCAAGACAUGUUUGCUCCCUGCCAUGCCUACAUCAGUCCAGGGCUAUACUACCAGCUCUGCCGCUUUGAUGCGUGCAAAUGUGGAAGCAGCUGCCUGUGCAAUGCUUUGGCGCACUAUGCUUAUGUCUGUGGCAAGCACGGCGUCAUCAUUGACUUCAGAUCUCAUGUUUCUUACUGUGCUGUGAUGUGUCACAGUGGUAUGCUUUAUCAUCAGUGCUCUUCUUUUUGUAAACAUUCCUGUGCUUCACUUUCUAUGGUAAAUAUCUGUGCUGAUGACUGUGCAGAAGGAUGUAAUUGUCCUGAUGGAAAGUAUUUUGAAGAGUCGGUCAACUUUUGUGUAUCAAUAUCUGGCUGUCAUUGUCAUUACAAAGGCAGAGCACUCCAGCCUGGAGAAAUCCUUCCUACGCCAACAGGCUCCUGUCAAUGUUUGAAUGGAACAGUGAAAUGUAUUGAAGCCACUACAGAAAACAUAGUUCACAUAUGCCCUGAAGGAAAAAUCUACUAUGACUGCAGAUCUCCUGUGCCUGGGUUACCAGCAUCAGGUGUGAAUUGUGGGAUCUCUUGUGCGAACCUUGCCAUGAACUUCUCCUGUGUCCCCUCACUACCCUGUGCAAGUGGCUGCAUUUGCCCCCCUGGAAUGGCUGAGCACAGAGGGAAAUGUUAUAUUCCUGACAGUUGUCCAUGCACCUGGAAAGACAGAGAAUUUCUGUCAGGAGAAGUGAUAACUACUCCAUGUUACACCUGUGUUUGUCGGAGAGGUGUCUUCAACUGCACCAGUUACCCCUGCCCUGCUGUGUGCACCAUUUAUGGAGACCGACAUUAUUACACCUUUGAUGGGCUGGAGUAUGAUUAUGUCAGUGACUGCCAAACUUACCUGCUAAAGAGCACAGAUAACUCAAAUAUAUCUAUAAUUGCUCAGAACAAAAAGUGCUUUGACAAUGAUAUUGUUUGCUCAAAGAAUGUUUUCAUCACUGUUGGAGACACUGAGAUUUAUUUUAAUGAACCUUCUGAGAAGCAGAAGACCCUAGGGGCUCAAGAAAACAAAUCUAACUAUCAGCUCUGGAAGGCUGGAUAUUAUACUGUGAUACACUUUCCAGAACAGGACAUUACAAUUCUGUGGGAUAAGAAGACAAUGAUGCAUGUAAAAGUUGGACCUCAGUGGAAGGGUAAACUAGCAGGCUUGUGUGGAAAUUUUGACAAAUAUACUUCAAAUGAUCUGACUACAUCAAACAACAUGGAGGUGAGAAAUGCACAGGUGUUUGGAGACAGCUGGGUAUUAGGACAGUGCAAGAGUCCAAAUGAAACACUGAGACCAUGUGAAGUACAUCAGAGCAAGUUCCCUUAUGCAAAAAAAGAAUGCUCAAUUUUAUACAGUGAUCUUUUUGCACCUUGUCGCAAUGUGAUUGAUGUGACUUCUUUUAUCAAAAAUUGUCACACAGAUACAUGCAACUGCAAUCUUGGUGGGGACUGCGAGUGUUUGUGUACCAGUAUUGCAGCUUAUGCCCACAAGUGCUGCCAGCAAGGAGCAGCGAUUCACUGGCGAUCUCCUUUGCUCUGUGCUUAUGACUGUGAAUAUUACAACCAAGGUCUUGGUGAAGGACCCUAUAUUUUGACAAGUUUUGGAGUGAAUGACACAAUUAUAGGGGCUAAUGUAUCCAGCAGAAGGAUAUUUCCCUUACCUAGAACUGGAGCACAUGGAAAUCUAAUUUGCAGUUUCAUGAUAACUCCAGGUCUUUUCAAAGAUAAAGAUUUAUCUCUGUCUCUUGUUUCCCUUGAAUCUGCUGAAAGACCAAACUACUUUCUGUAUGUACAUGACAAUGAAACCAUUGGGUUGGAGCAGUGGCAGGCAAAUGCCUCCUUUCAGAGACGAGCCACCUUCUUCCACCACCAGGGUCUCUGGAGUCCAGGGCUCAGUGCCUUUGAGCUGCACAGUAAAAAAGGCUUUUUCAUCAUUCUCACCUCAUCCAGUGUUAAAGUGGAAAAGUAUGAUGGUUCAGAAGAAUUCAAACAUUUCAGUAGCUUUAGUAUUGAAGAACUCAGUGCUUCUGUGCCUUACAGAAGGAUGUGUGAAUGGCGAUAUGAAUCUUGUGCUAAUCCUUGUUUUAAGACAUGUAGUGAUCCUGAGGGAAUAGCAUGUAAAUUUCUUCCUCUGGUUGAAGGAUGCAUGCCAUACUGUCCGAAAAAUAUGAUCCUUGAUGAGAUCACACUUAGAUGUGUUUAUCCAGAAGACUGCAUACCUGUGACACCUACAAAAUCAGAAAUUAGACUGAAGCCUUCACUGUUACUCUCUCACAUGGGUCCUACCACGGAGAGAUUUCCUCAGACACUCCCUGUAUUUGUUACUUCAGGGAACAAAUCAACUCUCAUCGGUGUGAAAGACAAAAUAACCAUAAAUGCAAACACAGCUUCAAGGGGAAUGGAUAUGUUGGCACAGUCCAUUACAGACUUUUAUUCAUUGGAAGCUUCUAAUGCAGCCACCUAUUCAACAUUUUCAUUACCAAGUACAGUGGAGCCUUCUGAUGUACUUCACAGCACAGCCAGCCCUUCUGUCCUUUCCAAACCCAUCCCUUCAACAGAUUUUCCAAUUCUUUUUCAAGCCUCAGCAGUCACAUCACGUACUGCCCGCUCUAAUGCAUCUAUAACUUUACCCAUUACAAUAACAACUCCAACAGCCCUGCUCAGUGCAAGUCCUAGUCCGACACAUUCUGCAUUAUUAACACCCACUUCCCUAGUGGUAGUUCCAUUUUCACUCAAACCACAUCAGCUAGGACCAGUUCGACCUUCCUCAGCACUAACAACUUUAGCUUUCAAGAUAUCUUUGGUCACUUCUGAGCUGCCUGCAGGGAUUGGGAAGAGAAAGCAGAGUUCUUCGGUAAGUUCUUCAGAAGAAGAUGGAACAAUAUCAGCCAUACCAGCUGGAAUCAUCACUCAAUCCACUACGCCAGUGAUCACAAACACAACAGUGAAUGCUACAUCCUCAAAAGCACCUUAUAUUUAUGCAAAAAUGCUACCUAGCUCUUCAGCCAGUUUAUUAGUUACUUCAGGCGCCACCACCCUAGCCUCUAGGAUUACUACAAAAACUGCUGAUUCUUUUGUUGUCAAUUUGGAUUUUUAUAUGGCUUCAGCUUCAGUUCCUACCACCAUAGAAAGACACAAAUCUUUAUUUACAACUGCAGUAACUCAAGCUUCACAGAGCACUAGAGAAACUCCGAAGAUUAAUAUAAUGGAAGCAACUGGUACUACAAAUCCAUUAUCACAGAUGAAGAGUACUUCAUACAUAGCAUCGGAAGUUAAAUACACAACUUCAUUUGAAAAAACUGUGGAUAUUUCAGAAGAUGGUCAGACGUCACGUGAGCAAAAAAAUGUUACCAAGACAAAGACAACCACAGCUGACAAAUCUUCCCCACCUUAUUUGCCAGUAACUGCACUUCAGAGUCUGCUUUUUUCAAGAAAUACAACUGCAGUCAAAGAUAUCUCUAUUUCUGGAAUCCGGGAUGUAACAACAUCAGAUAGGUCCAAAAUCCCAACACAGAAACCCAUUACACCUUAUUUUAGUGUAACAGAGGCCACAGAGCUGCAAACCAGAGCUAUAACAGAUUUAUUUCUUUCCAGUGGUGGAAUGGCUCUGCCUUCCUCAUCAGAAAUGAUGGCUGUAGCUGACAAGGCUUACUUUGGCACGAUGAUGCAUACACUGAUAUCUACAUCUUCUGAGUGUGUGCCAAGAUACCUCGAACCUGUUGACAAAUGUAGCCAGUAUGUAUGUGUUAAUAUGGCUUGGAUGUUAUACAAUCUUUCAAGGAACUGCCCUAAGGAUGUGCAGAAGCCAGAUUGUGGUUUUCGAGGAAUGCCUGUUCAAGUUAACACUGACAGCUGUUGUCCAGAAUGGGAAUGUCCCUGUCAGUGUUCUGUACUGUCUGAACUGAGUGUUAUUACAUUUGAUGGAAACAACAUAGCCCUCUGUAAUAUGGCUUCCUAUAUUUUAGUCAAGUUACCAGGAGAAAUGAUUGUUGCUCAUAUUGAAAAAUGUCCUGCUAAUCAGAGUGCAAAUUCAAUAAGAAAACUAGUGCCACCUGCAAACACUUCAGGGCUCUGUUUUAAGAAAUUAAAUGUCACAACACACACUUGUCAAAUACUUAUCAAUCGUUUAGCAAGAAAAGUAGUUGUGGAUUCUGUAAUUCAAUCAUUACCGUUUUCAAAAGAAGGACUGAGUAUUCAGGACACCGGUGCAAUGUAUGUGGUUAAUACCCCAGCUGGUAUUAGCAUCAAGUGGGCUCAUGUUACAGGCAUCAUAGAUAUACAGUAUGGAUUGCACUCUAACUCAACGAGGAAGACAGAAGGCCUUUGUGGGGUUUGUAAUGGAGAUCCUAGUGAUGACCUGAAAAUGCAAAACAUGACCAUAAUUACAAAUAUGGAGGAAAUUGAAAUGUUCAUCAAGAGUUGGGAAAUUGAGAAAUCGCUUGAUGUAACAACCAGGAGGCCAGUAAGAAACUGUACUGAAGAUAACUGCACAUACUGUAUGGAACUGUUAAAAAGAAGCAUUUUCAUCCCUUGUCACAAAAAAGUGUCACCACAGGAAUUUUGUGAGAAGAUGUGGAUCAACAGUAUUAAUUUUUGGAACUAUGAGUGUGAUGCACUUUCUGCAUAUGUAGCAUUAUGCAACAAGCACAACAUCUGUAUUAAAUGGAGGACACCUGAUUACUGUUCAUUGAGCUGUCCUGAGGGCAAGGAAUACCAGCCUUGUGUGCAACCCUGUGAAGCCAAGACAUGCUUGAAUAAAUGGUUCUAUGAAGAUUCUGCCUGUUCCUAUUUAAGGGAAGACUGUGUAUGUAAAAAUGGCACCAUUCUGCAUAGAACAGACUCUGACCUCUGUAUACCAGAAGAAAAAUGUACAUGUACAGAUAAUAAAGGACAACCCCACUCUGCUGGGGAGAUCUGGAAUGGGUCCAUGAGGGGGUGCUGCAUGUAUGGCUGUUUAGAAAAUGGAAGCAUUAUUGCUGUAGAACCUGAGUGCAGUGAGGAUCCACCACCAGUCUGUGAAAGAGAAGGGGAAGUUCUAUUCCAUGUCAUUGAAGAGAGAGCUUGCUGUCCCAAGAAAGUUUGUGAAUGUAACAUGUCAUUGUGUGAUGCUGUUAUUCCAACAUGCAAACCCAAUGAAAAAUUAGUGGUAGGCUACCACCCUCUGUCCUGCUGUCCACAGUACCGAUGUGAAUGUGAUCCUUCAGUUUGUUUUAAUGCCUCCCAGCCUGACUGCAGAGAAGAUCAGUUUAUUGUUGAAGCAAAACAGGAAGAUCCCUGUUGUUUCUCUCAUCUCUGUGUUUGUGAAUCCUGUAUUGAACCUGUUCCCUUGUGUAGUGAAGGGGAAAUUCUCACUGUAGACAUUAAUACCAUACACUACUGUUGUCCUCAUUACUACUGCGUUUGUGAUGAAAAUCUUUGUUCUGAGCCUCCUAUGAUUUGCACAGAUGACAUGACACUUGUGAAGGAAAAAAUACUUGGGCAAUGUUGUCCAGAAUGGCACUGUGAAUGUAGUUGUGAAAAUGCUACCAUGCUGACCUGUAAUUUGGGAGAAGUUAAAAAAAUAGAUAGCAGUGUUUCCAGUGCUUGUGGAUGCACUCACUACAUUUGUGAGAAGGAUGAUGUGUGCAUCUUCCAAGAGGUCACAGUACUGAAUCCCGGACAGUCAGUGAUUCAGUACCUGGAUGGAGACCUUUGUUACACUGUGCAAUGUUUACAAGAAAAAGAUCAGAACACAGGUUACAAUGCUAUGCAUUUCACAAUGAUGAACUGUUCCCAGCAAUGUGAAGCUCAUCAAGUAUAUAUUCCUUCCUUCAGUCACCAUACUUGUUGUGGUACGUGUCAAAACGUGUCCUGCUCUUUUCAUACAGAGAAUGGAACGCUUAUUGUGUAUGAAGAAGGAAGCACCUGGACCUCCAACUGCACCAACUACAAAUGUGUAAAGACUACUGCAGGGGCUAUUGUACUGGGGUCAAGUGUUGUCUGUCCCCCAUUUAAUGACACUGAUUGUACAAAGAAUGGAGGAAUUGUGCAGACGUAUAAUGAUGGCUGCUGCAAGACCUGCAAAAAGGAAGAAAGGAUAUGCCAGAAAAUGACAAUCAGGACAACCAUAAGAAAAAAUGACUGUAUAAGUCAAAGCCCGGUAAAUGUGGCUUCUUGUGAUGGAAAAUGCCCAUCUGCAACAAUUUUCAAUGUCAAUAUUGACAGCCAUCUAAGAUUCUGUAAGUGUUGUCGAGAAAUUGGAACACGAGUCCUGACUGUGCCCUUGCGCUGCUCAGGAAAUGGCACUGAAAUUAUGUACGUCAUUCAAGAGCCUAUAGACUGCUCAUGCCAAUGGAACUGAACGUUGCUGUGGACAUGAUUUAGCUUUCACCAGACACAGUUUUUUGGUCAUGGAUGAGUAUAGUAUUAUGCAGGGAAGUAGAAAAGGCAUCAGUUAUGCUAUAAUGUCAUUUUUCUCAAAUUUAGCAGAGAUGUUGUUUGUUCUUCAAAUUGUCCUUGAAAAUAUUGGCAAGAAUAGAGAGAAAAACAUAAAUCCUUUUGAACAAGAUGUAGUUUAUCCAUCAUUUAUUUCUACUCAGUGGCUUUCUGAUGAGGUGGUGUAAAAAGCUGGUUAGUAUUUCCAGUGUUUUAAAAUUUUGGAUCAUGGCUACCUAUAAGACUUGAGAAUUUCUCAAACCAUUUCUCAGUGGUUCAUUUACUUAGAGGCCUCCAGUUAAAAACAUCACCAGUCCUAUGUUUAAAUGGGAAAGAAGCAUAUUAGGAUUUUGCAAAUGACUGAAUUAGUUUAUUUUAAAAAUAGUAGGUUCAACUGGAACAUUUUUUACCUUGCUCAAAAAUCUAUCUUUUGUGCAUUAAGCUGUUGCCAACGAUUGGAUUAUGCUUACACUGUAAGUCACUGAGAAACAACAUGACUGUGAUCUGUAAGUACUUGUAGGAAAUCUCCAGAGUAUAUAGCAGAAUCAUAAUAUCUUGAAACCUUAGACAUAUUUAAUUUUAAUGUAUAUUAUAAAUAUGAAGCAUGACUAGACAAAAGCUGAAGAGUGAUAGCUUUUGUGCAUUAAAAGUAUAUGAAAGCCAUUUCUGCUAUGAAGGUUUCCACUUUAUAUCCAUUUUUUAAAUUUUCACAGAAAAGAAAUUGGCUCUUUGCUAGUAUAGAAUAAGAUUAUAUGUAUAUAUAUUUAUUAAAAGCCCCACAAUACUGCACAUUUAAAGUAUUCAUAAUGGGUUUUGUCUUUGUUUUCUAGUCUAAAGAUUCAUCUUCAAUAUAUUUUUAAACUUUUUUUUUUCAAUACAGAUAUUUAGACUAUUGCCUGAAUUUAGGAUUCAAAAUUUUUGAGUCCUGGAAAAAAAAGUCAGGUAAAAUAAAUGUUUUGAAGGACUUAGGUGAGUUAUUCAUGCUCAAUCAAGCUGUAAAUACCCAUGAUUCAGCACCUUAAGGUGAAUAUCAUCUCCCUUUUUCUCGACAUACUACAUAACCUGCUUUUAAAAAUAAAGGAUACAAGUUUAGUCUUGUUGUUAGGAGAUUACUUUGCUUUAUAAACUCACUGAAUAAAAAUUAUAUUAAUUAUGACAGUAUUUUCCUUAUCAAUUUUCCUUUUAACUGUGUCAGAAUUGAAAUUCUUGUCUAAAAGUUUGAAAAUCUUCUGACAGUUUUGAUUUCAUCAUUUAAUUAUGAAAAGGUUGGAUUAUCACAUGGGUUAUUACAGUGAAAUAUAUGCAAUUAAAACUGCCUUAAAUUCCAAGGCUAUUUUUCUACUUUGUGUGACAAAUCUUUAAUUGUUUGCUACAUUCAGAUUGAUGGCUUAUAAGGAAAAAUAACUUAUACGGAGAAAUCUGUCAUUAUUACAAGACUCAUCUACUCAUCCCUUUCAUUAAAAAUAGUGAUUUGGUUUAAAAAUUAAGUAGCAAACCAUUGUAAAGUAUUAGCAAAAUAUUUAACAAUUAUAAAAAAUUAUCAACUAAUGAUCAAAAUAAAGUGACACUUUGAGAAAGCCUAUCCUUCAGCUGCAUGUUUUUAUAAGGCAGAUAUUCCAGGGCCUAGAACCAAAAUAUUCUCUGAUUCUUCUGUCAGAACUUGUGCAUAGAAACUUUUCAUGCAGGCAAGAAAUAGAAGUUAAAUCAUAGUCAUAGCGGUAAUGCUGGUGUACUUGUACGGCAAAUUAAAAGACAACUUUUAAAAAAAACCCAAACUUUUGAUUUUUUUGAGAUAGAAGUAGGUAUCCCAUAUUUGCAUUAAGAGAUUUUGGCCCAAAUCUACUUAAUGAAUUUAGCAUUUGAUAAAAAGGAAGCUCUCAAAAUAUAGAAUUUUUCAAUAUAAUAAUUGAACAUUUUCAUUGAACAGCUGUGGCCUUUUAUAAGCCAUGUAAGCCAUUUGCUUUUCUAUGAUUUAGA